AUGUUUCUGGCGAUCCGCAAGAGUUUCAACCGCUGCUGCCAGCUCACCAGGAAGCAAACGCUGCUCAGCCUCUUCCAGGUGUUCAAGCGUGUGCUGCGGCAGUACGCGGCGCGCCUCAGCGCCCGCCUGCCCCGCGCUGCCCAGCCCACCGGCGGGGGCGAGUGGCAAGUCAAGAUGACGGAGAAGGAUGAGCGGGUGGUGUGCUACAUCAUCAACACUGCAGAGUACUGCCACGAGACAGCGGCACAGCUGGCGGAGAGUGUGGCGAACCGCAUCGAUGCGGCACUGGUGGCGUCCGUUGACAUCAGCGACGAGCAGGAGGAGUAUUCGAGCUGCAUCACGCGCGCGCUGGCAGUGCUGGUGGCGGGGCUGGAGGGGCGGCUGGACGGCGAGCUGGACCGCAUGGCGCGCAUGCCCUGGAGCACUCUCGAGUCCGUGGGCGACCAAUCCGAGUUCGUGAACAACCUGAGCGCCAUCUUCUCCAACUCCAUCCCCAUGCUCGCAGGGCUGCUCUCACCGCUGCACUUCCACUUUUUCCUCGAUAAGCUGGCAGCAUCGUUCGGUCCGCGCUACUAUGCCACCGUCUUCAAGGCCAAGCGCCUCUCCGGCACCGGCGCCCAGCAGAUGCUGCUAGACACGCACGGCAUCAAGACCAUUCUGCUCGAGCUGCCUGCACUCGGUGGGCUGGCGGCCACAGCAGCGUACAGCAAGUAUGUGACGCGCGAGAUGGGGCGAUCAGAGGCGCUGCUCAAGGUGGUGCUGGCGCCACAGGAGAACCUGGUGGACACGUACCGCACACUGCUUCCUGAUGGCUCUGCGGCUGACUUCCUGCGCACCCUGGACCUCAAGGGCGUGAAGAAGCAGGAGCAGCAGCCGCUGCUAGACGCGCUCACAGCCAAUCUGAAAGCAGCAGCGCCCACACAAGCCCCACCCUCCAAGUCCCCCACCUCCUCCGCUGCACCUUCCACCACCACCCACCCAGCCCCACCACCUGCCACCGCUACCACCGCCCCCCCAGCUGCCACAGCCACCGCAGCAGCCGCUGCGGCAGCAGGCAUGCUGACGAGUGCAGCGAGCCGCGAGGCCAUGAUAGCGCGGGCGGCGGCGCUGGGGCGGGGGGCCAUGGCGCAGUCAGCGGCGGCAGCGGCAGCGGUGUCGCAGAACACGGCGCUGAAGCGCAUCUUCGCCCUCGCUGACUCCUCCACCGCCAGCGCCUCCAAGAAGGACAUGUCCUUCCGCUCCCUCUUCAAUGCCUAG